ACACAUUGUCAUUUGUCAGACGUUAUAAUUAAUUCCUAUAUAUUAUGUUAUCUGUAUUAAUACUUAACCUGUGUUUACUCUUAUCUGUGCAUAUAGACAAUUACCGAAAAGUGAAAGAUAACUUUGAUAAAAACGAGACAAUACUAUAUUUGUAAAAGAAAACAAAAAAAAAGAAAAAAUUUAACACACAAUGGCUGAAAAAUACAAGGACAGUGAUAUUACAAUACGCGAGGCUCAACCUGAGGAUAUGGAAGCUGUUGCUGAAAUGAUACAAGAACUCGCUGACUUCGAGAAAAUGCCCGAUGGACCAAAAUUAUCGGUAAAAGAUCUCCAGCGAGAUGGUUUCGGAUCCAAGUCUCCGGCAUUUCAGUGCUUAGUGGCUGAGGUAACAAACGCUCAUAAGCCAGUGGUUGGGUAUGCACUGUACUUCCCCACAUACUCCACCUGGCAGGGCCGAGCUAUGAUGCUGGAGGACCUGUAUGUCAGGUCCAGUGAGCGGAAAAGGGGAGUCGGGAAAAAGUUGUUUAAUGCUGUUGCUAAGCAAGCCUCAUCCUCUGGUUGCUCUCGCCUAGAGUUCCAUGUGUUAGAAUGGAAUGAUGCCCGCUCAUUCUACGAGCGCAAGGGGGCAGUGAACCUCACCAACACAGAGCAGUGGUGCUACUACCGUUUGGCGGGGGAUGCUCUGCACCAAGCUGCUAAUGAAGCUUAAUUGGUCCUUCAUUUAACAUUAUCUGUACUGUAUUGCCGGGGUCCAAAGCCACUGGCUAUCAUUAAGAUGUUACAAUUUGUGACUGGUAAUGCUUCUAAUAAUCUUAAUCAUAUUUAAUACAUAUGUCUCAGAUUAUUAAGAUAUCAACAUUACAAGAUUAAGAUUUUAAUAUAAAAUAUUUCCAGCAAUCACAUGCUUAUUUAAUGAUCUAAAUACUAAUAUAUUCUAAACAUAUAAAAUUGUCAAUAUGGAAAUGUGCCUUGAAUAUAAAUUCGACACACGUUUUUUCGUUUUAGUAGGUGUCAUAAUGAAAUGAAACAAAAGGUGAUUGUGUGCUCAAAUGUAUUUCAUGUAAUUUUGUACAUUUACCCAACUCUAUAUAACAUUUGACUUACAAGAGAGAUCGUAAAAUACAAUUCUGUGAUAAUAGUAACAAAUAAACUGUUGUAAGUACC